UAAAAAUAAUGGUUUUGAACGUAAAAUCCACUUUUAUUGCUUUACUCCUAAUCUCAUUAUCGUAUACUUUUUGUGGAGUUAAUACUAUCGCUGCACCCAAAAUUAAAGGACUUACAAAGCGUUACAACAGUUCAGAUAUUUGUGGAGGACUCAAAAUUUCUUUACCACAGGAGAAAUACAACGGUCUACUUUCUUAUAAAAAUGAUAGUAUAAUUAAAUGUGAAUGGACAACUCAAUCUGAAAAGAUUGCACAGGUCUCGGAUUUUGAACUUUUUAGCCUGCCUGAUGGAAAACUAGUAGCUUAUUUAUGGAAUG